AUGCCACUCCUCAUACACAGCCUUAUACUCGCGCAAUUCGCUCUUGGACAAGCAGCGGGCUUAAGCAUACAAGACGAAGUAGGCGACCAUGCAGAACUCUCACAUAAGGCUGGAAAGCACGGGCGCACUAUCGAGGUGCCCGUGUACAACAGACUGGACAAACAACACCUAGAGAUAGAAUUGACCGUCGGAACUCCACCUCAAAAGUUCUCAAUUAUGCCUGAUACCGGGUCACCCUUCGCCUGGGUUCCUUCUGCAUCAUCCCCAGCAUGUACACCGAAUUGCCCACUCCCGGUAUGGAACCCCAACGCCUCAUCAACGGCACUUGACAUACACGUCAUCUUCAAUGCAUCUUACGGCCUUACGCCCGACAAUAUCAUGCUUGGCGAAUUCUAUAACGACACAAUUGGCGUCGGUGGUGUCGCACUUCCUCAGCAUCCGGUUGCCCUCGUCAAUGUCAUUGACACCAUUUACGACGCACAGACUUGGGGCAUCGUCGGCCUGGGAAGCCAAUUGCAGAACCGCGACGUAAACGGCCCCGUAAUCCUAUGGGAGAACCUCUACCGCCUCGGCUAUAUCUCCAAGCGGCUUUUCAGCGUCUGGCUCAACAGUCAGGACGCCAAAGAGGGUACCAUUCUCUUCGGCGGCAUAGACGAGUCCAAGGCACAAGGCGAACUGAAAAGCACGCCCUUGACAUCCAUAAUCCCAACGCCGGCAGGUGAUGACUUCACUGCCUGGUCCGUCAGCUUGACAUCUCUCUUCAGACGCGACGGGCAGAACGGUGGCGACGAACCUUUGAUCAAUACUUCCUACAACGCCAUCCUCGAUACCGGAUCUCCAAACAUGUACGUUCCACAAGACCUUUACGACACCCUCGCCGCGCCUCUCAACGUCACACUGCGCACUUACCGUAACACAUCGUAUGUGCCUUGCUCACUGCGCUCAUCGCCUGAUUCACUGCACUUUGGGUUCGCUGGUAAAGAUGGCGCAGAAGGGCCGCAUGUUUGUGUGCCCUACAGCGAGAUCAUCUACCCAUUCGGCAUGCCGGCCAAUUUAGGCGAAGUGCACAGCGAGGAUGGCACGGAGUUGUGCUACUUGGGGGUGCUUUCGAAUAAUGGUUCGGGGAUUUUCUUGCUGGGAAAUUCGUUCAUCAGGAGCGCGUAUGUGGUGUACGACGCAGAUGAUCUGGAGUUGCAGAUAGCACAGUCGAGAUGGGAAUAA